AUGGUUUUCGGUGGUGGCUUCAAAUUUUUAGUCGGAGUGGGAUGUGGUGUCUAUGUAGCUCAGAACUACAACGUUCCAAAUGUCAAGAAGCUGUUCAACACGUAUGUUUUCCUGGCAAAGCACGUUGAGGAAACAUACCGCAAGCCGCCGAAGAAAGCCGACUGA